CGGAGAGUGCGAGUGUGAAAUGAAAUGUGUGUGUGAUUGAGUGUGUUGCUACUCCAACUGCGAUCUAGCAAUGCUUUUGGCAGUAGUCUACGGGGCCAAUGGACUCGUCGUUCAUCUAAUCUCCUGUGAUUUCCUUGUAGGUUCCUGUGAGCAGAUGAACACCAUAAGGAACAGCAGAGGUAGAAAACUCAAUCAGACAACUCACUCAACAGGGCAAACUUAACUGACCCCCUCCGACGAGAAAAAUAGGCCCCACUCCCAACGACGAUUCGAAACAAAAAAGCACAUGAGAGGGAGCGAACACAGCAGACAAACCAUGAAAAAGAUAUAUGUCGGCAAAACGGCCCUAAAAGUUUCCCGAAAUGGCAGUAAACAUCAGAAAAAGAGCUCUUUGCAGGAGCAGAAGGAGGACCUCCGGAAGCGUCUGUCCUACACCACCCACAAGCUGGAGCUGCUAGAGAGCGAGUUUGACUCCACCCGCCAGUACCUGGAGACAGAGCUACGYCGCGCCCAGGAGGAGCUCGACAAGUUCACCGACAAACUACGCAGAAUACAAAGCAGCUACUCAGCACUGCAGAGGAUCAACCAGGACCUGGAGGAUAAGAUCCAUAGAAAUUCUCAGCACCAUGACGACGAGAAGAGAGCCCUGAGCAGAGAGAUCAUCGUGCUCAACAACCACCUGAUGGAAGCCAAGCUGACCAUUGAGAAACUGAGGGAGGACAAUGAUCUGUACAGGAAGGACUGUAACCUGGCUGCCCAGCUGCUCCAGUGCAACAAGUCCCACUACAGGACUCAGCUUUCUGAGUUGCCUGCUGAAUUCCAGGAACGCGUGACCAUGCACAUGGAGGGCACACCUCUUUGCCACACUGCCUAUGCCGAUUCUGUCCCUGCCUCCGUCAUUGCCAAGGUGCUGGAGAAGCCCGACGAGGCCUGCAGUGGCAGCCAAGCCUCUAGCUCGCCUAGCCCCCAGCCCCAGGACCAAGGCUUCCUCCUGGACACCCUGGACAGAGGUGAGCGCCUGGGCCUCCGGGCAGCCUACAAGUCAGACCUGUACAGCAGCGACACAGCUCUGUACUGCCCGGUCGAUCAGAACCGUGAGCGCAGGCCAAGCAUGGACCUCCAUGGCCAGAGAAAGCUGCUCUACGGGCCCCAGAACUCCACAGAUAGUAACCCAGAGGAGGGUCCCUUGUUGGGGCUGAGGUCUGGCUUCUCCCAGGAGUGCUUUGCCAAGUUCCCCACCUCUCUGGGCCCCACCUCAGGCAGCUCCUACUCCAGCUUCAGCGGAGGGGGCUCGGACGACAAGGGCAACGGCCCACCGAGCAGCACGGCCUCCUCUCCCCACCACCACUCCCUCUACAUGGACUGGAGGAAUGGGGGAGACUAUGAGAGGAAGAGUGACUCCUCCUGGGAGAGGGACAGUCCUGGCGGGGGCGGCUUCGCCAAGGUCCACGCUGUCUUCCAGCAGGCCGGCGGAGCACACCACCAGAACGGCAGCUCACCCGUCUACAGCCGCACCAUGUCCUCGUGCUUCAGYGAGCCCUACGAACCCCUCCCUCCUUCCUCCUCGCCAAGCGUCGUCUAUGGAGACAGCCGCCGCGGCAGUACACUGGCGCCUGAGGAGGAGGAGCUGAUUGGCCGCUGGAGGCAGCUGAGUGUGGAGGACCUAAGCGCCCACUCGUACCACUCGCCCGGCCGGGCCUCGCCCUACAGCUUCUCCGAGCAGCACUUCUCCGUUCGGCCCGCCAAGAUCCGCCUGGGGCCCCUCUACAGCAGCUUCCAGGAAGGGGCAGACUUCUACCAGGCAGGGGUAGGACCCAUCAUGGAAACCCCGGUGUGCUUCUCCACGCCCAGCCCCCAGUGUAGCCCUGUGGGGGGACUCCGUCAGUCCCAUCCGUCCCACAGCCAGCAGGCCCACCAGACCCAUCUCUACCGGGGAAAGGAGGACAGCCAGGAGUCAGAGCACAGCCUCUACCACUCAGCAAGCUCCAAUGACAGGGAGGGCAGUGUCGGUGUAGCAGGGGCYGGGGGAGGAGGUGGAGGGCAGAACAAGGAGUACCAGGACGUCAGCCCAAACAGCUCCACUGAGUCCCUAAACCAAAGGUCCCUGGAGAUGGCUGCCGAGCUGCAGCAGCACUACCAGACCGAGAUGCAGCAUCCAUCGCCCCCCCAGGGCAGUCCACCACCGCCCCCGCUACCACCUUGUCCCCCUCCCCCGCAAUACCAAACAUUUGGCACGUUAGGACUCUCCAGAAAGGACAGUCUCACCAAAGCCCAGCUGUAUGGAACACUUCUGAACUGAGAGAAGAAGGGAUUCUCGUCCUCUGACUUACUGGUCUUUCUCUUUCUUCAUCUCUUUCCCUGGUGGGAUGUGAGGUGAGAGGUCUUGGUGAAUCCAGCAAAACACAUUGAUUAGUGUGAGUCUAGCCGUUCAGUUGAAGGACAUUCAUUUUGAUAGGACAUUUGGACAAUACAGUAGGUUAAGCAUGAAUUCAUCAGAUUGUUGCCACAGCUGUGAAAAACUGACGAAAGUGUGGUUCGCAUCACUACAAUGAAUGUGUAAGAUUGUCUGGGUCAGGUGAAUUGACAAUUCAUUACUGUGCCAAAUGAGUGAGGAAUAUAGGAAAAGACUCUGCUACCUUUGGUACAUUUGGUACAUAAAAUAGUAUUUGGAGGUACCAGAGACCACAGUUGCUCCAUGUGGAUGAAGGAAGUAUUUAAAGUAACUGUUGAAAUAUAUAAAUAUAUUUAAUUACAACUACAAUAAUUGAGUGUUCAAAGACAUAUUUUGUUUGUAGCUGCAUUCAAAAGAARAUAUAAAACUGAUGAUUGUAAAGAAAUGACUACAAUUCAAUCAGAUGUGGUCACCAACACAUUGUAAAUAUGUCUGGUUAAGAGCAUCUGCCAAUCAAAGAGAGAUAGUUGGAAUGUUAAAGAAGACUGUCAAAAUUGCACAUUAAGAUUUGUUUAUUGUCAAUCACAGGCUGAAUACUGAAUACUGUGCUGCAUUUGUGCAGAGUAAAAUAUGUAUGACAAUGGGGCAUGGGUUAAAGUUGCACUACCAUACAGUAUAAGAGGUGCCUGGGGAAUGGGUUAAAGUUGCAGUACUAAGAGAUGUUUUUACUCAAAAAUAGAGAUGCCCCUAGCCUAAACCCGUUUGAGUGCAGCUCCAUUGAUUCGUUCAGUUUUUGCUUUGACACAAUUUUGAAAUAUCCAGAGCGCUUAAAGAGACCGUUCGAAAUAUGUAUUAUUUUGCUACUGAUGGACUUCUUUUGAGAUGUAAACAUUUGUCUUACCCGGUGAUGUUAUUUUUGCUCUAUAACCCUUGGAGACGUUUUCCUGYCCCACUCUACCUCAGAUUCCCAUGCCCAUACCCCCAUCAAGCAAACACAAAUCUGUUUCUAUCACACAAUGAUGCAUGUUUCUAUAUUUCUGUUGUGUUUCAUUUAACCUAAUAAAGCACAAACUACACAUUUAGAUGCUCCAAGGUUUGCUAAAGUGUUUUAGUGUUGGCGUGUGUGCGUGUGUGUGUGUGCGUGCGUGCGUGUGUGUAUGGAAGAUAAUAAUUAUGCCAUUUGCUAAAAAGAUUGCAGAAACAAUAUUGUUUUAAAAGCAUUCAAAUCAAACUGUGUGCGCACACAUGUAGAGAAACUAUCUUAGGAUUGUCGACUAUUUUGUUAAUGUAUAGCAUAAGCCAUACCUCCGCAUUGACAUUCAAAACACACUCCCCCUCUCACUCACUCACUCACUCUGGAGCGAAAAGGGAAUUACUUGAGAGAUUACAUCUAUCCAGAGGAGGGAGCCACCACAGCAUCAACGUCGCAACAGCAUCCAACUGAUUCUGAAUCUCGUUGUAAACUUAAUUGUUCCUGUGCAUCCAGUCACAGCAGAAGGCAACGCAUUUACAAUUCAAACACUUCAUGAGAGGAAAACUGGAUUAGGCAACACAACACAACCACUCCUCUAUUCCUUUUUGCCACCGUCAAAUGCACGAUGCGGUAUGCAUGAGCUAAGCUGCCUUAGCAUUUAUAUACAGCUGGUGAACUAGAUAUCCAUUUGCUUGCUUUUCAAACCACCCCGGGGAUGUUUCGAUAGCACUAUAACCAAACAUGUAAGCACACAUUAAAAGCAAAUAUGACAGUCCAGCUUCCCUUUAAUAACCGCUACUAGGAUUUAGCUCCCUUAUACUUUGAUUGUGUGAAUUUGUGAUUCUGUAAACACUGGUGAAAAAAAGUACAGUACAUAUAAUCUAGUAGGUUCCUAUGGGAACUGGUAUACUUAGUUACACAUUCAUGGAACACUGCAUGUAGAAAUUCUCAAUGGAUCUUCUCUGUUUCACAGGCACAUUGAUCACAUUAUUAGCACUCUCGGCAUGCACACCUCCAAUCCCACUCACACUCCAUCCACACAAUAUUUGCACAUCUCUCACAGAUGCACACACACGCACACCAAAACAUUGGGAACUUUACCCACUGAUCCCAGUUCCAAUGAAAUCCCAAACAGUCUCAAUCAAUCAUCUCCCAAUUCACUUGAUUCACAGGGAAAAGUAUUUCGGAUCGUCUCUAGAAGAGUGUCUGGAUCCCAGGUCCC